AUUUAACAUAAAGGAAACGAGGGCAGUACUAUGCAUUAUAACCGUAGCGUUGACUUCUGUUCCAAACCUGGGUACGCGCUCCUAAGUCGCUGUGCCUUUUAACUGUACACAAUCACAAGGGCAUUCGGGAGACGAAUAUACGAGGACACGGUUGUGUAAUGAUCGGUCUACUGAAGUCUUCUCCACAGCAGUAUUGCGGCGAUUGGGUCGAUGCCCGUAAAACAUGUUGGCGUGAAGUUCACUACCGUCUGCUUCCUUCGGAACACGGAGUCCAUUAAAAUUCUCUUUGUUUACAGACGCCGGGUGUGUUCCCGUCUAAUACUGCAGUAGUGAUAGAAUCGUGGUGUGCACGGGUUUUCCUUGAAGGGUUCCGAGGAGCGAGCAUAGUUCAUUACGAUAAAUUUGCCGGAGUGUGCACCGCUCACCCCCCUCGACACGCGCAGAAUAAGAAGCCACGCACGAUGCGGGUCCCUGUUUCUCUCCUCAUCUCCAUCCUCUGUCAGACGAAAAACAAAGCGUCCCAAGGAAGGGCGCUGUCUGAGUAGAUGAAGAAAUAUUUUGUUAUAUUUUUAUAUAACAUGCGGCGUUGAGCGCCAAUUUUUACUCAUUGUUGGAAACGGGAAAAGGUCAAGAUGAAAUUUCCAACAGAGAACCCUCGAAAGCCAGGAAACUGGAGUCCCCCCCAAGUGCCAGUCCAGACCAACACGGUUUCCCCGAAGAAGAUCCAGCCAGGAAUGCUGCAGUCCAGUCUGGUCCAUGCCAGCGUGGCCACCAUGCAGAACCCUAUGGGCUGUGACCUGCGCUCGGGCAGCCUAUCUCCGCUGCCCCGUCUCUCCGUGUCCUCGCGCUCGGUGAUGGUGACGAGUAUGGACAGCGCGGACGGCUCGGCCCUCCAGACUGUCAUGAAGUGGAAAACGGUGCUGGCCAUCUUCGUGGUUGUGGUGGCCUACCUGGUGGUGGGGGGCCUGGUGUUCCGGGCACUGGAGCAGCCCUUUGAGAGCAGUCAGAAGGACACCAUCACACAGGAGAAGGCCGUAUUUCUGCAGAAGCACUCCUGUGUAACACCCAAGGAGCUGGAGAGGCUCAUUAUGCGCUCCAUAGAAGCUGCCAAUGCUGGAGUCAGCCCUAUUGGAGAAACCCAUAAUUCCAGUCACUGGGACCUUGGGAGCGCCUUUUUCUUCGCAGGGACAGUGAUCACCACCAUAGGAUAUGGGAACAUUGCCCCCAGCACAGAGGGAGGGAAGAUUUUCUGCAUCUUGUAUGCCAUAUUUGGGAUCCCUCUCUUUGGAUUCCUCCUGGCGGGGGUUGGUGACCAGCUGGGAACGAUAUUUGUGAAAAGCAUUGCCCGUGUGGAGAAAGUGUUUACGAAUAAACACCGGCAGAUCAGCCAGACUAAGAUCAGAGUGAUCUCCACCAUCCUUUUCAUUCUGGCAGGAUGCAUAGUCUUUGUCACCAUCCCAGCUGUAAUCUUCAAGUACAUAGAGGGCUGGACUACGCUUGAUGCCAUUUACUUUGUGGUCAUCACCCUGACAACUGUUGGCAUUGGUGACUAUGUGGCAGGAGGAGAUCGAGAAAAGAAAUAUAAGAAGUGGUACAAGCCGCUGGUGUGGUUCUGGAUCCUGGUGGGCUUGGCGUAUUUUGCUGCGGUGCUAAGCAUGAUUGGGGACUGGCUCAGAGUUCUCUCCAAGAAAACAAAAGAGGAGGUGGGCGAGAUCAAGGCUCAUGCAGCAGAGUGGAAGGCUAACGUGCGAGCGGAGUUCCGUGAGACACGGCGGCGGUUGAGUGUGGAGGUUCAUGAUAAGCUCCAGCGGGCCGCCGCCAUCCGGAGCAUGGAGCGUAGGCAGCUGGGACUGGACCAGCGAGCUCAGUCCCUAGACAUUCUCUCACCGGAGAAGAGGGCUGCCUUCAACAGCCUGGACGCUGAUCGCUACACCGCCUCCUCCCAGGAGAGCAUCGACUCCAAGCUCAACAACCUGCGGCUGAGAGUGGAGCAGUAUGAUAAGGCUGAGCAGGCUUCAUCUGAGGACAACAUUUUCAACCGCUUUGGCUCUGUUGGCCGACUGGCCAAGCGCAACAAGAACAAGGACCUGAAGAAGAACAUUGCCUUCGGGUGCAGUCCCACCACUGACGAGGAGAAGAAGGAUGAGGAGGACCACGGGGAGAAAGAAUUCAACACUAGCCUCACCGAUUUGCCCCAGUACGCCGAGAGCUCCAAGCCCCAGAACGGUUUUUUUUCGAUUCAGACCAAAGAAAGGGCCAAUCAAAAGAUGGUUGAGGAGAAAGGGCAGCAGACGCAGAUGAGUCCUUAGGGUGGAUGUGAUGGGAAUCAGGGAAAUGGGAUUUUCAACGUCACCAAAACGUGCCUUAUCUUUCACUGUCCUAGACUCUGAAAGCUGAGACAGUGCCUUUGCUGCUGUUUGCAUAAUGACAUUCACUGUGCCCUAAUGAGUUUUAUUUUCCAAAAUCUGAGAGGAAAAAAGGUGAAAUUAUCUUUAUCAUUUCAACAGUAUCUGAUGGAUUAUUUAAUUACAGAAUAACAGUAUGGAAAUAAUUUCUAUUUUAUAAUUGAGAUUGGAUAGCCCCAGUAAUUUGGAUGCUCCUGAAAAAUUAGAUGUACAAUCAGUAUGUAGAUCACAGAUUGUUGAUUGAAAGAUGGCAGAAGGGAGAUCAUAGUUCAUGCUUUGUAGAUCAUAUAGAUGAUUACAGAUUGGAGAUUAAAAAUCUACUAAAUCCGAUCAAUUUGUAGAUUGCAGAUCAUGGUAAAGAUCACAUAUCACAGGCAAGGUAUUGCAAAUCACUGAUCAUCGGUCACAGUGUUAUAUCAGUGAAAUCUUGAUUCCUGAAUGAAUUCUGAAUUUCUUUGGAUCUUUCACAACAUGGGAACAAAAAAUCUCUGGCCAGCUGUGGUGCUGCUGCAGGUGAAAAAGUGCUGAAAAUCAGAAGAUCAGAAGACUAAGUGAUUCAAAUUUUGAAAUGAGAGACAUUUAAGACAUUCAGUAGGCUUUUGAUGACAUGCAUACACCUACUCUAAGAUUAAAGGAAAUGUAUGAAACUCUCUGAACUUCAAUUGAAACAAAACAGAACAGCUACUUCAUUUUGUGCAUGGUCUACAAGAAAAUCUGUCAUCCCAUAAAGUGCAGUGUAUUCUGUAUAAAUGUAGAGUUCAUAAUCAUAACACUGAAAUCUCAGGGUGGUUGCCCUCCUGUUGUUUGAAUAUAGUCUUUUGCUGCAUUCACACGGCGGUGGUUAGUGUGAGUAAAAACUUCAAGAUGUGAGCCUAUCGCCAUAGAACGAAGGUAAAAAAGGAAGGAAAAAUUUAUUAUAAGAAGACUUCAACACUCAAACAAAAAAAAUAUUUUAAAGGUUUUGGUGGUGGGGUUCAGACAGUUCAUAAAACUUAGUUUAGUUAAAAAUAGAGAGAGAGAGAGACAGAUUUCAUUUUUAAUGAAAAAAGCUAUUGUUCCUCAGUACCCUCAUUUAAGAAGGAAGGAGGAAGAAGACACUAAAUGUUUGUUUUUUGUUUACUGAUUUUUGGAAAUCAGAACAAAGGGUUUUUUCUACCAACCAAAACUUGGUAAAAGACAGAUGUUUCCUCUCAUUUCAUUUUUGUUGCAUGUUUCAGCCUGCAGAUUGAUGUGCAGCUUAAUAGUAAUGAGGUCAUCAAUGGCUGGAUUAAUGUAAACCCAAUAGCCAAUCAGUGAGGAUAUUGUGUGAUUACAGAUAAUCCUGUUGACCAAAGUUUGGAGUGAAUUCAAGCAAGCUCUUUGAUUUUGGCUACCUGUAGUUAUUGAUUGCAGGUUUCCACAUAAAGUUAUACUCCAUUUAAUCAUUCUGCUAAUUUUAGCAAUUUUUGCAAUUGCUAAAAUUUUGAUAGAAACUUCCUGGUUCCAUUUGUGGUCAUACUUUAGUAGCUUCUGUCAGAAUGGGGACCUUCAAUUGGUUAAGGCUGUUUGGAAGCUCCUCUGAUUCAUGUGAAUUGAGUAGGAGCUUCUCGUUGGUCAAGGUUGUUUUGAUGUGUGCUCUGUUUAGUAUAUUAUUUAAAGUGGGACCUCUGGUUGGACUGGGCAGUUAGGAUGGGUACAGUAAUUGCCUAGUGUGAAUGCAGCACAUGAUUAAUACAUGUUUGUUAUGAAAACAAUAAAAAUAAAUAAAAGACUGUAAACUAUAACUAAAAAGACAUGGAAUGAAAAGCAUGCAAUUGUGCAGAUAUAUUCUCAUGAUAAAGGUAUUGAUUGUACCCCUACAUGCUUCUAAAGGUGAAUCUUAUGCUGUGUUUUUUAUUUUGUCUCCACAUUGUGAGCAGGGCUGAACUGCACCUGCUCAGUCUGUUGUUCACAGUAUUAAUUGUGCUGCUCUUACAUUUAAUGUAGUGAGUGCCUUUUGGGAAAUAAAUAUCACUAUGAUACAA